AUGUCACCAUCUACAUCCUUCAUUUUACUUCUCGCCGUUUCCAUCGCGGCAGUGAGUGCUGAUAGCGAGAACGUCCUUGUUCUCACAGAGAGCAACUUCGAAGAAACUAUCAAUGGAAACGAGUUUGUGUUGGUCAAGUUCUAUGCUCCAUGGUGUGGACACUGCAAAUCUCUCGCUCCAAAGUACGAUGAAGCCGCCGAUAUUCUGAAAGAGGAAGGAUCGGAUAUCAAACUUGCUAAAGUCGACGCCACUGAGAACCAGGCUCUUGCAUCGAAGUUUGAGGUCCGCGGAUAUCCAACGAUUCUUUAUUUCAAGAGUGGAAAGCCAACGAAGUACACCGGUGGACGAGCAACUGCUCAAAUUGUCGAUUGGGUCAAGAAGAAGAGUGGACCAACUGUCACUACCGUUGAAACUGCUGAGCAACUCAAUGAGUUGAAGAGCAAGAACAGAGUCGUUGUUCUAGGAUAUUUCAAGGAUGCUAAGUCUGAAGCUGCAACGAUUUUCAAUGAGGUCGCUGAUUCAGUUGACGAUAUCUUCUUCGCUGUUGCCGGAUCCGCUGAUGUUGCUGCUUCCGCUACUCUUGAGGCUGACGGAGUUUCACUGAUUCGCACCGAUGGUGACGACAGCGAGACCAACACCAUCGUAGAAUCUGAAAUUACCAACUCGGUCACCCUCAAGCAAUGGAUUCAUGCUUACAAGCUCUCUCCAGUCACUGAGUUCACCCAUGAUUCUGCUCAAGAAAUUGUUGGAGGAGACCUUAAGAAGUUCCACUUUUUGAUCAUCAGAAAGUCUGACUCUUCCUUCGAUGAAACUAUCGCCAAGUUCACUGAGGUUGCCAAACUGUUCCGCGCCAAGGUUAUCUUUGUUCUCCUUGAUGUCGACGUUGAAGAGAAUGGAAGAAUCCUCGAAUUCCUCGGAGUUGAUGCCAAGAAGACCCCAGCCAACAGAAUCGUCAGUUUGGCCGAUCAAGUCGAGAAAUUCAAGCCACAAGACGGAGAAGACUAUGAGGCUUUCACUAACAGCUAUCUUGAUGGAAAAUCUACCCAAGACUUGAAAGCCCAAGAUCUUCCAGAAGACUGGGACUCACAGCCAGUGAAGGUUUUGGUUGCAUCCAACUUCAACGAAAUCGCUCUUGAUGAAUCAAAGACUGUCUUUGUGAAGUUCUAUGCUCCAUGGUGCGGACACUGCAAGCAACUCGUUCCAGUUUGGGAUGAGCUGGCUGAGAAAUAUGAGUCCAAUCCAAACGUCGUCAUUGCUAAACUCGAUGCCACUCUUAAUGAGCUCGCUGAUAUCAAGGUCAACUCCUUCCCAACACUGAAACUCUGGCCUGCUGGAUCUUCUACCCCAGUGGACUAUGACGGAGAUAGAAACCUCGAAAAGUUCGAAGAGUUCGUCAACAAGUAUGCUGGUUCAGAAUCUGUAUCUCAGGAGCACGAAGAGCUUUAA